AUGCAGAGGACCAUGAGCAGAAAGACAUACGAAGACGUCUUAAACCUUUGGUUUGGCGCUAAGUCGUCAAAGGACUAUCUUCAGAAAAAGUCAUUUUGGUAUGGGAGCCCGAAAGACGACGCAUUCCUUCGGAAGACGCUUGGCCAGGAGUACCAAGCGGCGAAGGACGGCGAGUUCGACUCGUGGCCUACCACUGGCAAGGGCGAAGGCGCCCUUGCGCUCAUCCUUCUGCUAGAUCAAGUUCCCCGGAACAUCUUCCGUGAUACACCCGCAGCAUACGCCACAGAUCCCAAGGCACUUUCGGUCGCACGCCAUGCGGUUACUCAGGGCUGGGAUAGGGAGCUUCCUGCGAUACAGCGACGGUACAUGUACUCGCCGUUCAAUCACGCUGAGAACUUGGAGGACCAAGAGAUGUCGGUCAAGCUGUUUACAGACUUGGGCGAUCCUUAUCAUCUGCACUGGGCAAAGAGUCACUAUGAUCAAAUUAAAAAAUACGGACGCUUUACACAUCGCGAUGAGAUCCUUGGGAGGUCAUAG